AGCAGCUAUUUCGCCGCCUCUGCGAGGGCCGCCCGAUCAAGCCAGGUGCUCAUUAAUGAGUGAAGAACCAAAAGGUUGGGACAGUGGCCAAGAAGCAAUGGAGAAUAAAAGUUUGGAAACUUCCCCAUCAGACCUAAAGCUAGUGGCCCACCCAAGAGCAAAGAGUAAAGUGUGGAAGUAUUUUGGCUUUGAUACCAAUGCGGAAGGAUGUAUAUUACAAUGGAAGAAAAUCUACUGCCGCAUUUGCAUGGCACAGAUUGCCUAUUCAGGAAAUACAUCCAACCUCUCUUACCACCUUGAAAAGAAUCAUCCAGAUGAAUUCUGUGAAUUUGUGAAAAGUAACACUGAGCAAAUGAGAGAGGCUUUUGCAACUGCAUUUUCGAAACUGAAGCCAGAAUCAUCUCAGCAGGUUGUUCAGGACACAUUAAUUAUGAAGGCAAGUCACAGUUAUGAGAAUAAAAAACAUCAAGAGCUGACAUCGGCUGUGAUUAGCUUAAUAUGCGAGGGCUUAUAUCCUCCUUCUAUUGUAGAUGAGCCCACCUUCAAGAAUCUCUUAAGAACAGCUGACCCAAGAUAUGAACUUCCUUGCAGAAAGUAUUUCUGCACAAAAGCAAUUCCUGAAAAAUACAUUGCUGUUAGGGACAUUGUGUUAAAAGAAUUGACUGAUAUCCCAUGGUGUGGCAUAUCCGCUGAUAUGUGGAAAAGUGAAAACCAGAAUAGAUCCUAUGUAACACUGUCAGUUCAUUUUCUCAGUAAUGGCUCUUCCAACUGCCUGGCUGUUAAUUCUCGGUGUUUAAAAACAUUUGAAGUGCCAGAGGAAAAUACUGCAGAGACUAUUACACGAGUCCUUUAUGAGAUAUUCAUUGAAUGGGGAAUCAAUACAAAAGUUUUUGGUGCUACAACAGAUUAUGGAAAAGACAUAGCGAAAGCUUGCUCUCUUCUGGACAUUCCAGUACAAAUGCCUUGCUUGGGGCAAACUUUUAAUGUGGGUAUACAACAAGCUUUUCAGUUGCCUAAAUUGUGUGGUGUCCUGUCUAGGUGUCGGAAGCUGGUGGAAUAUUUUCAGCAGUCUGCGGUAGCCAUGUACAUGUUGAGUGAGAAGCAAAAGCAGCAGAAUACUUCGCACUGCAUGCUUGUGAGCGAUCGGGUUUCCUGGUGGGGAAGCACACUUGCCAUGUUGCAGCGUCUUAAAGAGCAGCAGUUUGUAAUUGCCGCAGUCCUCGUGGAGGACAGCAAUAAUCACCAUCUGAUGUUGGAAGGCAGUGAAUGGAAUACAAUUGAAGGCCUGGUGGACUUGCUCCAGCCAUUCAAGCAGGUUGCUGAGAUGAUGUCUGCUUCCAAGUAUCCAACAAUAAGUAUGGUGAAACCUCUCCUUCACAUGCUGCUGAAUACAACAUUAAAUAUUAAGGAAAAUGAUUUGAAAGAAAUCAGUAUGGCAAAGGAAGUGAUAGCCAAACAAUUAUCUACAACAUACCAGCAUAUACCUGAAAUAGACAUGUUUCUCAAUGUUGCAACUUUCUUGGAUCCACGAUACAAGAAACUACCCUUCCUCUCAACAUUUGAGAGACAGCAGGUUGAAAACAGAGUAGUAGAGGAAGCAAAAAGUCUCCUAGAGAAGCUAAAAGAGAACACACUGAGGCCUGAAGAACAGUUUUUUGCAGUGUCUGAAGAGCCACCCAUGAAAAAAAUGGCAAUUGCCUCCACCCCUCCUCCUACCAGUGCCAUCAAUAACAUGCUUGCAGAAAUCUUUUGCCAAACAGGGGGUGUUGAAGACCAAGAGGAGUGGCAUGCUCAGAUUAUAGAGGAAUUGAGCAAUUUCAAGUCACAAAAAGUCCUUGGGCUAAAUGAAGAUCCGCUCAAGUGGUGGUCUGACAGGCUAGCUUUAUUUCCUGUUUUACCAAAGGUACUUCAGAAAUACUGGUGCAUUGUGGCCACGAGGGUCUUCCCUGAACGUCUCUUUGGUUCUUCUGCCAACAUUGUUAAUGCCAAGAGAAAUCGGUUAGCCCCAGCUCACGUAGAUGAACAGAUUUUUUUGUAUGAGAACACUCGAGUUUUUCCUCCUCAAAAUGGGAAUGUUGCCAUAGUAACUGGAGGCACUGAAGGUAUUGGUUUACAUACUGUGAAGCAUUUGGCAAGACUUGGCAUGCACGUUAUAAUAGCUGGAAACAAUGAAAACAAAGGCCAAGAAACUGUGAUGAAAAUUAAAGAAGAAACUUUGAAUGCAAAAGUGGAGUUUUUAUACUGUGAUUUGGCUUCCAUGAAGUCCAUACAUCAAUUUGUUCAAGCGUUUAAAGCAAAGAAUUGCCCACUCCAUAUCCUGAUCAAUAAUGCUGGAGUGAUGUUGGUGCCUGAAAGAAAAACAGAGGAUGGGUUUGAAGAGCACUUUGGGGUUAACUACCUAGGACACUUCUUGUUGACUAACCUUCUCUUGGAAACACUAAAGCAAUCAGGAACCCACUGCCACAAUGCUCGAAUUGUCAACCUCUCAUCAGCCGUCCAUUUUAUAGCUGAACUACAUCUCAACGAUCUGCAAAGAAGUUGCUUGUAUUCAUCCCACGGAGCCUAUGCCCAGAGCAAACUUGCCCUUGUAUUGUUCACCUACCGACUACAACAUCUCCUGACAGUAGAAGGAAGCCAUGUGACUGUUAAUGUUGUAGAUCCUGGAGUAGUGAAUACUGAUCUUUACAAGCAUGUCUUUUGGGCAGGAAAAGCGUUCAAGUGGAUGACAGGCUGGUUUCUCUUAAAGUCCCCAGAAGAGGGUGCAUCCACAUCAAUCUAUGCAGCAGUUUCACCAGAGCUAGAAGGAGUUGGCGGCUGCUAUCUUUGCAAUGAGCAAAGGACAAAUUCUGCUGGUGUCUCCUAUGAUGAGGAGUUGCAGAAAAGACUCUGGACAGAAAGCUGCAGACUGGUUGGGAUUCCUGAUUCGGCACCAUAGAGGUCUCAAAAAAUAGCCACAGCUUCCUGCGUGAAUUCAACACGUCCCACAGGCCUCUACUGGGCAGCAUCACUCAUACUUCCGGAAUUCACUGUUCAGUCACACGAGCAAAUAUGAACUCUGUUUGAGCUACUAAUCUGCUAGUGGUGGUGGUGGUGGUGGUGGUGGUGGUGGUGGUGGGCAAGAUAUUCCCAACUAGAAUUGUGUGUAUGGUGGUUUUGAAUUUAACCAUCCAU